UUGACACUGACGUUGCCAUGGUACCCACUUUGGCACCUCUUGGAGACUACAGGGCGAGAUUUUACAUUUUAUCAUCUUGGUUUAUGAACACAGGAAGAUGAAGAUUACUCCUCUCAUCCAUUUAUCAAAUUAUUUAUCAAACGUCAGGUGAGGAGGCCGGGGAAAACAGCACGCAGGUCUUAUAGGUGAAUUUGUAUUUGAAAUAAUGCCAGCAACGAAAGUUGUCAAGACCAAACCAGUGGAGACGACCACAAAACUGGCGUUAGUGGAGAAAAGUAAAGCGGUGAAGAUGAAGACGACCAACAAAGCGGAGGCCGAGCUCAGAGUGCCCGCCGUGCGUCCGAGCCGCGCAUCGAGCUGCCCAAGAUGUCCGCAGGGCAACAGGUGCGAGGGCACCAAGGCGCAGGUGACUUCUAAAAGCAAGUGUGAAAGGAGAUCCAGAUCCACCUGCACGGCUCCCAGGCCGGCAGGAGACUGUCCCGAAGCAGCGCUGAGGAGGUGCAGCCCCGUGAAACAGCCCGGCGGCCCCUCCAGGACCGGGGAUCCGGCCGCUCCGGGUCACCGGGAGCAGCGGACACCCAGAGCCGGGCUGCAGUGUCCGCAUCAGAGGCACGAAGCUUUUACAGUCAUCCCCCCGAACCCCAAGAAGAGAAAGGAGAUCCAGAAAAAGGCGGAGGCGGAGCUCGCUGCACUGGAGGAGCUGAAGCUGAGCAGAGCCAUGGCUUAUGUUUCCAUCAACCCCAGCAGUGUUGGUGGCUGUAUGAGUCUGGAGGAAGUGCGGUUGAAGCAGCAGCAGGAAAUGCUGCAGGCCCGGAGGAAACAGGUGAAAAAGCAGGUGAGGCAGCCCGUCCCGCUGAGAUGAGCCUGUCCUCUCCUCUCCUGACCAGCAGAGGCACGUCUGUGCAUCAACAGACGAAUCACUGGGAACACUGGGAACACUGUGGAGCCUGCACACCGCUGUCUGACCGAGGGAGAGGAUGUCAGAGGAAUUACAAAAAAAAAAAAAAAAAAAAAGCAAAGAAAGAGAAAUCCAUUUUGCCAGUGGUUUGUUCCCUUGGAAAGCUGCUUUCUGGUUUAUUCUUAUUUUAAUGUGCCGACUGACCAUCCAGUCAGAAGAACAGGAAUUCUCCUCCGGGACACAACAACUUUACUUUUUGAUUUGAUUUGAAAACUUUAUUGUCCCCAAAGGGCAAUUUGGUGUCAUAUUCAUGUAUUUUUUUUUUUUAAUAUUAGGCAUGUCUCUGUCAGCUGGUGCUUGAAUCUAGGUUUGCCACCAUAAAGUGUAUAAUCUCUUAAAAAAAACAUGUAGAAACUAAAUUACUCACUAAAUUCAUUGCAGAGAAAUGUGAGCAAGAUGCAGACAGUCACUACAAAUGACCUUGUAUUCUCCUUUAAUUGUUCUUAACUGCAUAUACAGGCAAUAAAAGACAAUUAAUUAUC